AUGGAUACACAAUCUGUAUAUUCGACGCACGUGUACGAGCCGAGCGUUGCGGAAACAGGUGAUACCAGACAACAAAUCCAAACUCAACUCGAGACUUUUGUUCUCGACUUCCGCCUUGACAACCACUUCGUCUAUCGUGAUCAACUUCGCGAAAACGCCCUUUUGCAAAAGUACUAUUGCGAUGUCAACAUCACCGACCUGAUCAACUUCAACGAGGAGCUUGCGCACAAACUCGCCUCCGAACCAGCAGAGAUCAUUCCUCUUUUUGAAAAUGCUUUGAAAAAGUGCUCACACAGAAUCCUCUUCCCUCACGACCGUGAUAUCAAGCUGCCCGAACAUCAGCUGCUGCUUCACUCCGACGCCGAGGAUGUUUCCAUUCGCAACCUUGAUUCCAUGACCAUUGCUCGGCUGGUCCGAGUUCCUGGUAUCGUCAUUGGCGCUUCUGUCAUGUCAUCCAAGGCGACAGAACUGCAUCUGCAAUGCCGAAACUGCCAACACCAGCAGUCUAUGCCUGUCCUCGGUGGCUUCACUGGCGUAGCCCUUCCGCGGCAGUGCUCUCGCAAGAGAGUUCAGAACGAUCCGACUCCCAAGUGUCCUCUCGACCCAUACUUUGUCAUGCAUGAGAAGUCGACAUUUGUCGACCAGCAAGUCAUCAAGCUGCAGGAGGCACCAGACCAGGUUCCCGUCGGUGAACUGCCCCGACACGUGCUCAUCUCUGCGGACCGAUACCUCACAAACCGGGUCGUACCUGGCUCGCGAUGCACAGUUAUGGGUAUAUUCUCAAUCUACCAGAAUAAGAGCUCAAAGAACUCGUCUACGGGUGGAGCUGUCGCCAUUCGCACACCAUAUCUGCGCGCUGUCGGAAUUCAGACGAGCUCAGACCAACUGAAGGGAUACACCAGCUAUACAGAAGAAGAAGAGCAGGAGUUCUUGGAAAUGAGCCGUCGCCCAGAUUUAUACAGCGUUAUGGCUGAGUGCAUCGCACCCUCCAUUUAUGGCAACAAAGAUAUCAAGAAAGCUAUUCUUUGCCUCCUGCUGGGAGGAUCUAAGAAGCUGUUGCCUGACGGAGCUAAGCUGAGAGGUGAUAUCAACGUGCUUCUUCUCGGUGAUCCCGGUACUGCCAAGUCUCAGUUGCUCAAAUUCGUCAGCCAGGCUGCUCCCAUAUCCAUCUACACAUCUGGCAAGGGUUCGUCCGCCGCCGGUCUCACAGCAUCUGUCCAGCGAGACCAGUCAACGCGUGAAUUUUAUCUCGAAGGUGGUGCCAUGGUACUGGCCGACGGUGGUGUCGUCUGUAUUGACGAGUUCGACAAGAUGCGUGACGAAGAUCGUGUGGCCAUCCACGAAGCCAUGGAACAGCAGACCAUUUCUAUUGCCAAAGCUGGCAUCACAACUAUCUUAAACGCCCGAACGUCAGUCUUGGCGGCAGCAAACCCCAUCUUUGGUCGUUACGAUGAUAUGAAAACUCCCGGGGAAAAUAUAGACUUCCAGACGACCAUCUUGUCUCGUUUCGACAUGAUCUUCAUUGUGAAGGACGAGCACAGCAGGGAGAAGGACAUCAACAUUGCCAAGCACGUCAUGGGCAUUCACAUGGACAAUCGCGGUGUUGAAGAAGUUGCCGAGUCAGAAAUUCCAGUGGAUAAGAUGAGAAAAUAUGUUUCCUACUGCAGAAGCCGCUGCGCCCCCCGUCUAAGCCCAGAAGCCGCAGAGAAGCUGUCGUCCCACUUUGUUUCCAUCCGCCGUCAGGUUCAUGCUGCCGAAAUUGAGGCCAACACGCGCUCUUCCAUCCCCAUCACCGUCCGUCAGCUCGAGGCCAUUGUCCGUAUCACCGAGUCUCUGGCCAAGCUUACGCUCUCGCCCAUUGCCACCGAGGCGCACGUCGAUGAGGCCAUCCGUCUCUUCCUAUGCUCCACAAUGGACGCCGUCAACCAGGGCAGCAACCAGGGCAGUCGCGAGCUCAACGACGAGGUCAACCGCGUCGAGGCAGAGCUGAAGCGCCGCCUGCCCAUCGGCUGGAGCACCAGUCUGGCCACCCUUCGUCGCGAAAUGGUUGAGGGCAAGGGCUACAGUGAGCAGGCUAUGAAUAGAGCUCUCAUGUACAUGGAGAGGAGGGAAACGAUUGUCUUUAGGAACCAGGGCGCUCAAGUUCACCGCAAUGGGGCUUAA